AUGCAGAGUUACGCCCAGGUACUCGGUUGGCAGAAGCUGGCCGUCGCGCCGUCGCUGCAAAUUUUCGUUGAAGGGAACCGCCUGCUUUUCAACGCGGGCGAAAACGUCCAGAGGUUCCACUUGGAGCACAAACUGCAUCUGACGAGGACGUCGGACGUCUUUUUAACGUCCGUCUCCGCGGCGACGACGGCGGGGCUUCCCGGACUGCUUCUCACGGUCGAGGGCGCCGGAAACGCCGAGCGAAGCCAAGGCCGCCUGCGCCUGUGGGGGACUCCAGACCUCCCUGCGCUCCUCGACGCUGCGUCCAGAUCCUUCGCGGGCCUGCACCACCUGGAGUACGAGUACAGAAUCCCCCCUGCCGGUCAGGCUGUGGAGCCUAUCCGGGAGACGUCUGGCUGCGACGCCUCCUCAGUUCGCUCGUUCGCCUCUCCAGCGAGCGACGGCUGUGACUCUGUCGAGGUCGGUUGCGUCAAUCCGUGCCCAACAGGAACCUCGGACAACUCGCAAAACUCGGACGAAUCUCACCCGCGUUUCACUUCUUCGUCCUCGUCCUUGGAUGCGUCUGAGUGUCUCGAAGGGGUUGUGGCUGCUAAUGUGAAGGUGAAGGCGUUCCUGCUGCCUCAUUCCCUCUCGGGAAAACGGCCUCUGUGGGCUCCUGACAAUUCGCCGUCUCGGAAGGCGCUCAGGGUCCAGAAUGCCGGCGAGGACGAAGCAGAAGAGCGGCGCUCAGAGUCAACUGGGCGAACGCAAGGUUCCGCGCCGAAGACGUGGGGAAAUCCCCUGCUGGGAGAAGAAGCCGGGGCGCAAGCGGGCGGGGGACAGAUUUUAGGAGAAGACACGUUGAAGAAAAAGAAUCUCGGCGAACGCGAGAACGCCGCAAGCGAAACGACAGAAAAAGACGCGGAGGAAACCGACAGAAAGAAGAAACGCCUCGCCUCUCCGAACAAAGCGACAGUCUCGGCGCCUGCGAGUCCAACAGGAGAGGAGACAGCCCGAGAGAAAACGCGAACGGAGAAGGAAGAAGAGGAUUCCCGGGGCCUUUGGGCAUGGCAAGGCGAACGGCGAGACACGGCGUGCGACUGCGUUGCUUAUCUCCUAACGUGGCCUCAGAUUCCCGGGAAGUUUUUCCCCGACAAGGCGAAGGCGCUGAAAGUCCCCGUGGGCCCUCUUUUUGGUCGGCUAAAAAACGGAGAAUCGAUCGAAAUCCCCGGCGAGGGUAGAAUUGUGACGCCAGAGCAAGUCUGUGGACCAGGCACUCCCGGGCAGACGGUCCUCGUCAUCGAGUGCGUCGAGACUCAACAAGCCGUGCAUGCGCUCAAUCGCAUAAAGGUCGAUCUCGACCGCCUCACGUUCGUCUUUCACAUGACGCCACCAAGCGUUCUUCGGUCUGCGGAGUACUCGCGUUUCGUCCAGGCGGUGACCGGGCCAAUGACCCGCCACGUCGUUGUCAAUCAGUCGGGAGCAGCCGUGGAAGUCUCCCCGUUUGUACACGCGUCCAAACUUCGCAGAUUUCUCCACGACCUGAUUCCACCUGUCUUCCCUUUCCCUUCGUCUCCUGUCGGGUAUCCUUCCUCGACGUUUCCGUCCGACCGUCCUCGCUUUCCCGCCCCGGCCGCCUCGAGUGUCUCGUCUCGCUCGUCGGCUCGCCCCGCGACCUUUUCGUCUCCGACUCCCGAGAAGCCGCUAAGCGACGCGUGGGGUGUCGAGGCAGCCUGCGUUCUCCACCCAAACAGCCUCGUGAAGUUUGAUCUCUCGACCUUGGAAAAACGCGGCGUUGACUCGUCGGGAAGCCUCACUGUCUUUGGGCCGCAGUUCUCUUCUGAGCGCCUAACUCGGCUGACUGCCUUGGAGCCGACGCGCGCUCGGUGUCGAGAGAUUCUCGCAACUUUGCAGGAACCGCCUGAAGGCGCUUCCUCCUCGUCGCCAACCGACGCUGCUUCAGCUAACUCGUCUGAACCUUCCUCGCCUUCGCCUUGUUCGUUUUCCUGGUCUCUGCCGUCUCUGACUCUUUUGGGGACGGGCGCCGCUGCGCCGUCGCAGUACCGAAAUGUCGCCGGCAUACUGUUGGCCAUCCGGGCGGAUCUGUCCCUCGUCCUCGACUUUGGCGAAGGUUCCCUCGCGCAAUUGUACAGCACGUGCCAUUCUUGGCAAGAGUUCCUCGACGUCAUUUCUUCGAUUCGUAUUGUCUUCAUUUCUCACUGCCACGCUGACCACCAUCUCGGCGUCUGCACUCUGCUGGAAUUCCGAGCAGCGAUGUUCCCCCAUCUCUUGCCGCCGGUGCUUCUCGCGCCUGCUAAACUGCAGGCAUGGCUCAGCUUCUACGAUCGCCGCAUUACGCGAAUUCCGCACCGCUUUCGGUGCUCCGAGAGCCUCGUCGACCUCCCCCAGGCGCACGGCGAGACUGCGGAGAACGAGGAGCGCAGCGCCUCUUCGUUCGGGUCUGUGUCACAACUUCUUGACGUUCCUGCCAGCGACGUGCAGCUGCGAGCGACGCCCGUCAGCCAUAUUCCCCAUUCGUUUGGGCUUCGCGUCGACUUUAAAAUUCCCUCUCUGCAUGGAAAUUCCCACGAGGAUUUCAGCGUCGUCUAUUCGGGCGAUACGCGCCCUUGCCAGCAGCUCUUCGACCUGGCACGGAACGCCACAGUUCUCAUUCACGAGGCGACUUUUGAAGACGCCUUGAUUCAGGAGGCGAUUGAAAAGCGCCAUUCAAGUCUAAGUGAAGUCGUCCGAGCGGCUUUGGCCUGCCGUUGCAACAAUUUGGUUCUGACGCACUUUAGCCAGCGCUACCCAAAGAUCCCAGUGUUGACACUCGAAGCAGGGGGAGAUGCAUUCCUGGGGAGCGACGACUCUGUGGAGGGGAACGGAGAGGUACCCGACGGCGAAAUUGGCGUGGAAGAAACGCGGUGCAAAACGAAGGCACCGGUCACGGUGUUCUCAAAACAGAAACGUGAAGGCGGCAAAGACCCCAUGCACAUUCUGUUUGCAUUUGAUUGCAUGCGUCUCCCGUUGAAACACCUCCAGGAGCUUUCUCAGUGUCUUGAGAUGUUGCCCGGCGUCAUCAAUCAGCUUUUUGUGUCCGACUAG